AUGCCUGUAGAUGUAGAGACAGGAUGCUUCUCAGCGCUCGCUUCCUCAGCCAGGAGCAGGACUGACCCUUCAUCGGUGCAGGUCCUUGUAGGACUGGGGCUCAAACAGCAGUGGGAUGGUGGCCCCUCAGCAGCUUUCUCUCUCCUCCAGGUGCCCUAUGAAACACCGAAUAAGUGCUUUCGAGCUGCUCAGAAGAACAUCAACUGUGAGACAAGCCACGUCAUCAUGGUGGUGGCCGAGCUGGAGAAGACCUUAAGCGGCUGCCCUACCGUGGACUCUGUGGUCAGCCUUCUGAUGGCAUGGUGGAAAAGCUUAGCAUCCUCAAGCAGAAGGCAGUGGAGUCCAUCCAGGCUGAGGACAAGAGUGCCAAGCUGUACAAGCGCAGGAUCGAGCACCUCAGGGAGCACAGCAGCAACCAGCCUGUGGCAGCCGGCAUAUUAAAGAAGAAGCACAUGGACCACCUAAUGGUGGAGCAGCGGCUGUGGUGCGGUUAUUACAACACGACCGUGAGGCUGGCUCAGCAAAGCAACAUCAAGGUGUGCCUGUGCUGCUGGGGCAGGAGUUCUGACCAUGGACAGUCCCAAGACCCUGUGUGCACACACGCUCUGGGUGUGCCAUGUGCAUGCCUCAUGCACCAGCAUCUAAACGAGAGGAAAGAUGUUUAUCUCCCAGUCACUCCUAAUCAUCUAGCUGGGUACACAAUUCUGGCUACAUGAUCUUUUCCCUCAGCAGUUGAAAACAUUGCUCCCUUGCUGUAUUCAGUGUUGCUAAGGAGAAGUCUGCUAUCAAUGGGAUUACUUCUCCUUUGUGGGCAACAUAGCAUUGAUCUCUAAUGGCUUUUUAGAUUGAAUAUAUAGCCUUAAUUCACUCAUUAAAAAAUGUUAUUGGGAUCUACUCUAUGCCAGGACUGUUCCAGGUGCUGGGCAGAAAGCCAUGAACAGGGAAGACAGAGCCUUACUUGUGGAAUUCACAAGCCAUGGGGCAUAAGCAAGUAAGCCAAACCAUAACCCAUAUAAUGCCAGGCAGUGACAACUACCAUAAAGAAAAGACAGUAGGGAGGGAGCCAGAAAGAGACCAGGAAGAUGCAGGACAAGGGGAGCCCUGGAUGAACUGGGUGAAGGGAGCAGUAGAGCCUUGCAGAGCUGGUGAAGCCUCUUGAGGGAGCUCAUGGCACCAUACUGGGUGGGGACUCAUCCCUGCCCUUUUACGUCUAUUUGAUUUUUCCUGCAUCAAAUAGUCCAAGGGCCCUUUCGACCUGCUGACCUGGGCUGGGACUCUCAGAGGAUCUCGUUCCUUUGGGUCCUGCCCCUCCCUGUGGCCCAGCCUUGUGCAGCAGGCCUGGUGUGUGCACGCUGGAGCCACUUCGAUUUGUCUCUCUUACUUUCUGCGUCCUUAUCCUCAUGUACUGGGUUCUAGAGACAUUUCUUAGCAUGAUUGUCCAGCUCACUACUCUCCCAAUCAGCCCAGCUCACUUAAAAAAUAAUUUCCAUAGACAAUGGAUUCCUCACCAUGCCAACCUGCCCUUGUCUUGCAGACAUAAAUCUUCCGACUUACACAGCACUGGGGUGUGAGGUAAGGUGGGGUGUAGGGUAGCAACCUGAACACUGGUCCUCAUGGCAUGGACGCUCCCAGGACCCUGAGAGUCCCUAGCUGCUGCCUUCUUACCGUCUCUCCGACUCCAGCUUCCGCCAGCCCACUUGAAGAAAGACCCCUUCAUUGCCAAUCUUGGCUGGGGAAGGGAGCACAGGGGUCAGCUGGCCUGGCUUCCGGUUGAUAGUCCUGCCACUCCUUGGGCCCUUCCUACUCCAGGUCCCACCUGCACCACCAGCACAGAUGCCCCUGAGGCAACCCCCUGUCGCGGCAGCCUGCUCAUGCACAUGGCCUUGUGUUCCUCAGCUGUUCCCCUCUGCAGCCCUUGUUGGUGUCCUCAGAUUCCUUGGAGCUGGUGCUACCCAGAAAGCGGCCCACCUUUUUUUCUACUGCAGUCCAUUCACAGGGGGCCCAGACAGGCCCAGGAGCAUGGGGUUGAGGACACAGUGGUGCUGACCAGGGGAGGACUAACUUACAGAUCUUGGUAGAUGGCAGGUCAGAUCCUGGCCAAAAUGCAAGAGAGUGAAGGGGGCCUCCCAAACCUCUGUGUGCCAUUAAGGUUGCGAUGGUGGGAAGGGAAGGGGGUAGGCAGAAGCCCUGUCCAAACAAAAUGGGCUCUCAUCCUCAAACAAGAACUGUGGGGAAGCAAAGCGUGCCAGUGGCCUGCAGCAGUGACCCCUGGGUCCGAGCAGGAGGCAGAGAGCCGUGGGUCCUCUGAUGCCUGGCAGAGAAGUGAACCCCUAGACUCAGGAGGGGCAUGCCCCCAGCCCAGCCCUUCAAUCCUUAUUGUCCUGUUUCAUUCUCCAGCUGUUAAGCAAGGUAAUAUGAGACUUCUCUGCCGUGGUCAGCACCAGUCUGACCAAGAAGGAUGCUCACAGCACAGAGGGUGCUGAUGCCAAGGUCUGAGGAAAGGUCCCGAAGGGGUAUGGCCACUGGCGAGAAGUGCGGCUCCCACAGAAGGCGUCAUCCCUGCGCGGACCUCAGGGGCGGCUGGGGACGUGACCAGCUCUGGAGGCUACCUUCCACAGAGAAGCCAAUGUUGUGAGCCUCUCCCACUACAGCCCACAUCCAAGUGAGACCCCUGGCGUGCUCUCUCGUCCACACGCUCCCCCGCUGCACCAGGAAGACUUUAUAGCUGUCACUUC